CUAUUUUAACUCUACUAUUUUCCCUUUGAACUUGAUUUUCAGCUUUAUAAUGUGAACUUCGUUUGUAUAUAUGUCAUAUAUAGCGUUUUGUGAUAAAAUAAUACGAUUGUAUUGGAUUUAUUUCAUAAUAACAUUUCACUCGGUUUGCUCACGUUAUAUUCCAAAAUGGCUGCCGCAGCCCAAGCCGCGCUUUUGGAUGAAUUGAUGGGCAGAAAUCGUAAUUUUGCCCCAAAUGAUAAAUCUCACGAAGCCCACUGGAGUGAUGACCAGGUCUGCAAACAUUUCCUUUGUGGUUUCUGCCCGUGUGAACUGUUUGUCAACACAAGAGCAGAUCUAGGUACUUGUGAAAAGCUUCAUGAUGACUCACUCAAAAAAGACUAUGAAAACAGCUCAAGGAAUGGCAAAAUGGGGUAUGAGGAGGACUUUAUUAGGUACUUACAGAGUCUACUCUCUGAUGUGGAGCGUAGGAUACGUAGAGGGCAUGCUAGACUGGCACUGAACAGCCAGAACCAGACUUCCUCUGGGUCCCACGGACGAGAGGAGAAGAUACAGAUGUUAACUGGAAGAAUCAAUGAACUUGUAGAGCAGGCAGAGGAACUUGGCUGUGAGGGGAAGGUAGAAGAGGCUCAAGGUGUUAUGAAACUCUGUGAUCAACUCAGAGAGGAGAGACAGCAGCUAGAGUCCGGUGGCUCUGAGAACAUGUUAGCUCUUAAGGAAAUGGAAGUCUGCAACGUGUGUGGCGCAUUCCUGAUUGUUGGUGAUGCCCAGCAACGUCUAGCUGAACACCUUAUAGGAAAACAACACAUGGGUUACGCCAAAGUCCGUGCAACCAUCGAACUGUGGCAGGGACCUUCAAAAGGCUUCCUCCCCGAAGCCCUGAAGGAAAUGACUGUGUGUUCUGUCUGUGGGGCUCUGCUGGUUGUGGGUGACGUGGCCCAGAGGGUAGAUGAACAUCUUAUGGGCAAACAACACAUGGGAUACGCACAAGUCAGGGCAUAUGUGGAGUCAUCCCAGAACAAGAGGCGCAAUGAGACAGCAGAGAGAGAAGCUAAGUUAUUGAAAGAGCGGGAAGACAGGGAGAAAGAGCGAGAGAAAGAACGAGAGGAUCGUCAAAGAGAAAGAGAAGAACGAGAGAAAAAACGAGAAGAAAGAAGGAAAAGAUCCCGCAGUAGGAGCAGGAGGAGUCGCAGUAGAGACAGAAGACGUAGAUCAAGAUCACGAAGUAAAGGACGUAAAAGAAGAUCACGCAGCAGGUCACGGGACAAAAAGCGAUCACGCAGCAGGGACAGACGACGAUCAAGAAGUCGAGACAGACGGCGGUCAAGAAGUCGGGACAGGCGAUCAUCCAGGCGAUCAAGAAGUAGAGAUAGGCGACAUCGUUCAAGAGAUCGUUCCCGGGAUAGAAGACAUAGAUCUCGUGAUAGAUCCAGGACAAAAGACAAAGAAAGAUCAUCUCGGGAUAAAGAUAGAUCCUCGAGGGCCAAAUCUAGGGAUAAGUCUAAAGAUAGUGCAAAGGACAAAGCAGAUGGUGAUAAAGCAGAAACAAAGGAGCAGGAGGAGAAAACAACAGAAUCUGCUGUUACAGAGAAUGGAGAUGGUUCACCAAGUUUAAUGUGCAUACAUAUAAAGUCAUCUCCGCGUGAACUAGGAAUAAUACAACGUGUAUGCUGUGACAAAAGGAUCCAAUGGACACUUUCACUUCCACUGGGACAGAGGCUGCUAUAUUUGCAGUUUGGAAUGUAUCAACCAUGA